CGGAGGCUUCGGAUCCUCCCCGCCGUUUGCUUACCUCGCGCUGCGCUGCCUUCCUGUGACUGAGGUGUCGGAGCGACUUCUCCUUAGUUUGAGAAAAUAACUGCUUCUAUGGCUUCUCUUUUUGCAAAAAACAUAUGCACGGUAGAAAUUCUGAAAAGUGUUCCGAAGAAAUUAAGAACCGCCCUUAAAUAUACCACGCAUUAACAUUCUAGACAUUCCUUAAGAAGGGGGUAGAACUGCCCCGUAAGGUUCCCAAGGCUGUGCGUCUGUAAAGGAAGCAGACGGCCACAUCUUUCUCCCGCGGAGUGGGCUGGUGAGUUUGAACCGCCAACCUUCCAGUUAGCAGCUGAGCGCUGUAACCACUGCGCCACCAGGGCCGCGUUUUAUAAACGAAUAAACUUUAAUUGUAUUUGGUCCCACCAGAUGAGGGAAAAGCUAUAGUGAGAAAUGAAGUGAAGAUAAAUACUCUUAACGAGAGAGAGUAAUUACAAAAAGAUCCCUCUAAAGUCAAAAAUGUUAUAAAAAAUGCUAAGCUGUUGAAAUCAUUUUUUUUUUUAAACGACAUGCUUCUAAAUGGUCAUAAGAUACAAUUUCUAGGUAGUAAGAUUUAGGACUGAUCCAUAAAAAUCAGAAAACACCUCUAGCGACUGAACAAAAAACCCCUAUUUUAAAGAUAGUUUUAAAACUAAACCUAUUUUAAAGCUGAUUUUCCAGAAUUUAAUAUAGCCUGCUAAUUCUUAAACUAUGGGACAGUCUAUGUCACCUUGCAAAGUCUACAACUAAUACCAAAAGGAAUUAGGAUGUCUGAACUUAUAUUUUGCUACAUUCUUCUUUUAGUGAGGUGGAGAUGCUGUCCAGUUCCAUCGAGGUCAUCCCUAUUCCAGGCCCUACAUAAUUCCUGCUGUCGGGAAAAAUCAGCUGCUCCUAUGAAAAUUAUUCCCAACGUUGCUUUUUGUGGUGAAACUACAAAGGAGUCUGGAAAUGCACUUGACAAGCUCUUUUCUUUGGAACAGCAGGCUUCCGUCUUGCAUGUGCUGAACACAGCAUCAAAUAAAGAACUUGAAGCUUUCAAAUUGCUUCGUGGAAGAAAGUCCACCAAUAUUAUAGAGCACAGAGAAAAGUUUGGGCCAUUUCAGAAUGUGGAGAGUUUAAUGAAUGUGCCCUUGUUCCAGUAUAAAACUGUCAUUCAAGUUUGUUAUUCCAUUCUUUGUCCAGAGACUAAAAAGAAAAAAAAAAAAUUAAAGGACAACGGGCUCUUGGGAAAGCUCAUCAAACCCGACGUAGGAAGAGAGAGACUUAAGGCAGUUAAUAGUAUCGUAUCUAUUGUUUAUGGUACUCGAAGAAUUGCCUGGGCUCACCUUGAUCGUAAAAUGACAGUGCUGGACUGGCAGCAAGAUGAAAGCUGCAGAAUGAUGAAAGGGACAUACCUGUCAUCUGUCUAUUUAGAAGAGAUGUCUUCAGUCGUUUCAAAGAUGCCUACAGCCGAUUUCUAUAUCCUGGAGAAAACAGGACUUCCACUUCAGAACCCCUCGCUGUUUCCGAUACUGCUGCAUUUUCAUAUGGUGGAAGCCAUGCUGUAUACCUUGUUAAACACAACAUUCGCCCAGGACCGCCGGCACCAGGUGCUGAGCGUGAACAGAAACGCAGUCGGGAAGCACUUUAAACUAAUGGUCGGCGACACGAGGACUAGCGGAAAAGAACUGGUGGAGCAGUUUCUCUCAGAAUCUGUACUGAAGGCAGAGCCUCGAGUAUUCUUCCCGUUGGAUAAAGUAGUCCAGUACAGACAGAUGUUUUCAUCUACUGAACAAAACAGAGUCGAAGAGUUAUAUGAUUCAUUAUUACAAGCUGUCGCCUUCUAUGAAUUAGCAGUUUUUGACACUGAGCCUUAAAAUUCUGAGGUUAAUGUAUCAUCUGCUUUAAUGUUAGUUUCUAUUUCUUACCCCUGAAGCUGUAAAAAUAAAUUCUUUUUGAACAUCUAUGUUAAUGCAUGAGAAAACACGUUUGAGUGUAUUUUAGAUGUUUAAAGUCAGACUUUAGGCUACUGAAUGGCAUAUACAAUAAUUCUAAGGCCAAGUCAAUAAAAUAACUAUUUUUCGAGAUUCUAUGCCUUUUAGGUUUAGUGUUAAACAAUAAAAUGCUCCCCAAACAGCCAAAACAAGAAACAAAGUUCUCACCUCUUAAAAGCAAAUACCAUCUAUACUGAAGAGUUACAUCAUUAAUAAUAUAUUGUUAAAAUAGGGAAUAGUGACUUUUCUAGGUGGCACUCCUUAUAGGAAUAAACACUAAAGGUAAUUGGUAACCUGACUUGUGGAAUCAUCUUCAAAAGAUGAUUUUCAUCAGCUCAGUCUAUCAAUGAAGAAGUUGUUGCUCUUGCAGAAUUCUGUCAUGCUAUCUCCGGCAUCGUUUCUGUCACCAAGGCCUUAUUUUCUAACCACUGAUCCUUCUUUGUUUCCAUCUUUUGCAUUCCAAUCAUCAGUAAUUAUCAAUGGAUCCUGAUUGUGUGUUUGAUCAAUUUCAGAAGUUGGUAAAAAGCUUCAGUUUCUUCAUCUUUGGCCUUAGUGGUUGGUGCUUAAAUUUAAAUAAUGGCUGUGUUAACUGGUCUUCCUCAUAGGCAUAUGGAUAUUAUCCUAUCACUGACAGCGUUGUACUUCAGGACAGAUCUUGAAAUGUUCUUUUUGAUGGUGAAUGCAAUGCCAUUCCUCUUCCAGUUCUUAUUCCUAGUGUAGCAGACCUUAGAAUGACCAAUACUAGUCCAUUUCAGCUCACUAAUGCCUAGGGUAUCGAUGUUUAUGCAUUCCAUUUCAUUUUUGAGGCUUUCCAAUUUUCCUAGAUUCAUACAUCAUACAUUCCAGGUUCCAAUUAUUAACGGAUGUUCGCAGCUGUUUCUUCUUCUUUUGAGUCAUGCCACAUCAGCAAAUGAAGGUCCCAAAAGCUUGACUUCACCCACAUCAUUAAGGUCAACUCUACUUCGAGGAGGCAGCUCUUCCCCAGUUGUAUUUUGAGUGUCUUCCAACCUGAGGGGCUCAUCUUCCAGCACUAUAUCAAAUAAUGUUAUGCUGCUGUUCAUAAAGUUUUUACUGCCUAAUUCUUUUCAGAUGUAGACUGCCAGGUCCUUCUUCCUAGUCUGUCUUAGUAUUGCACUGGGCAAAUCUGCUGCAAAAGACCUCUUUAAAGUAUUAAAGAUUUCACCUUGAAGACUAUGGUGCACCUGACCUAAGCAAUGGUAUUUUCAAUUGCCUCAUAUGCAUGUGAAAGCCGGAUGAUGAAUAAGAAGACCCAAGAAGAACCAACGCCUUUGAGUUAUGGUAUUGGCUAAGAAUAUUGAAUAUACCAUGGCCUGCCAAAAGAACGAACAAAUCUGUCUUAGAAGAAGUACAGCCAGAAUGCUCUUUAUAAGCAAGGAUGGCGGGACUACAUCUUUACAUACUUUGGACGUGUUAUCAGGAGGGAUCAGUCCCUGGAGAAGAACAUCACACUUGAUAAAGCAGAGGGUCAGUGAAAAAGAGGAAAACCCUCAGUGACACAGUGGCUGCAACAGUGGUCUCAAGCAUAAUCAUUGUGAGGAUGGCGCAGGACUGGGCAGUGUUUCAUUCUGUUGUACACAUGGCUGCUAUGAGUUGGAACUGACUCGAUGGCACCUAACAACAACAAGUCUAUGAAACCCAGAAAAAAGUUUGUCUAAUUGGUUCAUUUUUUACUUUGAAAUAUCUUACUUGACAGACGAUCGUUUGACAAAAGUAGCACUUAAUUUUUUUCCACACUUUUCCAUUUUCCACUAUGUCUGCCUUAGUUCAGGCCCUUAUUUUCUCUCAUGUGUUCUGUUGGGGUAUUCUCCUAAGUGGUCUCCCAGCAUCCAUUUUCACUCCUUCAGCCAAUAUACAGUUACAAAAGUAAAAAUCUGGUAUCAGUCCACUGUUAAAACCCUUCUAGGGCUUAGAACGUUAUGUUACACAUUAUAAGGAUGGGACCAGGUUAUUUCCUCUCAUGAUAGCAAUGGUAAUAUAACAAUAAUAAUUAAUAUAGCUAAUUACAUGCCAAGUACUUCCAUGUAUUAUGACAUCACCUCUUUUUUAUAUAUGAGGUUUUACAGCAGUUUAGAGAUUGCAGCUGAAAAGCAACAGAGCUAGAAAUGGAGCCCAAAUCUCUUUAAUUGCCAAAGCAUCAAAAUUUUUUUUUUUUAGUUCAAAAGUAAAAUAUGCUUGUUAGGAAUAAUUCAAAUAAUCAGAAGUAUAUAAAGUAAGAAUUGGAGCUCUGGUGGCACAGUGAUUUAAGAGAUCGACUGCUAACCAAAAGGUUGACAGUUCAAAUCCACCAGGCACUCCUUGGAAACCCUAUGGGGCAGUUCUACUCUGUCCUACGGGGUCGCUGUGAGUCAGAAUCAAUUUGACAGCAAUGGGUAUAAGGUAAGAAGUAGAGUUCCUCCUUUCACUAGCACCUCUAUCCCCUGGGAGUUUGACAGAACUUGAGACUUGUUGUCGUGCUCAUGUAAAUCUGUAACAAUGCACAUACAUAAACAUCUCCACUUGAAUAUGUAUGUCUGAAAAGGAAAUCAUCUUCUCUCCCUCCAAAACCACCUCCCUUGCCAUUAUUUUCUAUUGUGGUAAAGAGGUUCACAAACCAUCCAGUUGUCCAUGCUAGAAAUGUGGCAUUCUAUCUCCCAUAUAUUUCUGGAAAGAGCUGUAAGUGAAAAUUGGUCAGCUGUAGGCAUUUACAGGAUAAAAUAUGAAAUACUAGGGCAUCAAGAUUUGGUUACUUUUAUCAUAAAAGUGAAUUUAAAUCUUACAGAAAUUUGUCACCUUUAAGAAUGAUACCCCCCCAUUAUACUAAACCUAAAAAAUAAUUAAGUGUGUCCCCUGUUAGUGAGGAAAAUACCUCCAUUAUUUCUUGAUUUUUCAUAGUUUAGAUAUUAAUUCUAUAGAGUUACUUUACUUUGGCUCCUCAGUUACUGAGGAUAAUCAGAAAUUUCUAAUAAUAAAAGACCAAGUUACCAGUUAAGUGGUCUACAGGUGGAGGAACUCUUACAUUCAGUAGAAAAAGACGAGUCAGUAUACUUGAAAAAAUAGGCUUCAAAAGAUCUUACUUCUCCUGUACAGGAAUGAAGCCUAUGAGCUAGAGCCCAUAUUCAGACCUAAAAAGUACACACAUUUACCCAGAUGACUACAGCAGAGCUCCUAUUUAAAUACUGUGUAAAGCCUUUUUAGCUUUUACCAUUAAUUAGAUCAAUAUACUAACUAAUUCAAAAGGUAGGGUGAACAAAUAAGAUAAAAACAUCUUCAAACAUUUGAAAACAGGUAAGACUGUAUUUUUCAAAAGUAUACAAAAUUAGGAUCCUUACCUUUGAGUUAAAUAUAUAAUUCAUCAGAUAACAUAUCUGAAUAUUAAGCUAAUAUAUAAUAUAGACACUUGAAAUCGGGAAUUAUUUUAACAUAUCCUGAUCAUGACUGUAAAAUAAUUUUAAGUGAAAAGUGACAUUUUAAAAUCUUGUAAUUAAAAACAUAUUUUUCAAAAACAGUCUUAAGUGGAAAUGGCAGUUAUGUAGAAAUCCUAUAGUAGAAUCCUCUUUUUUUUAGUUUUAAUGAAUAGCAGUUUGAACACGAUAGAUAUAUUAACAUCAUUAAUAUCUUAAGUGAAAUAAAACAUUGGUGAUAUGAAAAUACAAGAAAAUGUACAAGGCAAAUUAUUUGAGUUGGCGAAAUACACAAGAUAUCACAUGUAUGGUUGCUAAAAAAAUUUAUGAAAAUUAUAAUUUCAUAAUCUUGAUUUCACUUUGUCAACAUUCAAUGAUUCAAUGGUAUAUGCUAGAGGAGUACACCUCAAAAAUUUAUCAGGAAGAUCUUUUUGAAAAACGAGCAUGAUUUUCUUCAUAGAAGUUUCCUUAUGUAUUACGUACGUAAUUUUGGAUUUUGUAAACUUAAGGUCGUCAUCUAGGUGAUUCAUAUUUACAAUUCAACACAGCACCAAUACUUGGAGAGGAAUAUGUAAAAGAAAAUUUUAGUUUAGCACUGAAAUAUCUUAGUGAACUCUAACUUCUAGAAACAGCUCAUUCACAUAUAAAAAUACUCCAAAAAAGUUAAAUCAAAUAAUACAAAAAAUUCCAAAAAGAAAAUACCACCACAAUCAUACAUGCAAUAAGUAACUCAAAUUUUUUCAUUUUAAAUGUUUGCACACUAAUAAAGAAAUAUACAAAAUAGUCUGUUAUAAAUGUACAUUACAGAGACACGGCUCUUCCACAAAAAUCAACGUAAUAUAAAAAUGUAUAUUAAGGACCACAUAAUAAUCUGUACAAGGCAUCAUUAACAUGGAAUAUUAAGGGAAGUCGGCUGCCAAAGUGUUCAUAGUCUUUUUAGGAAUGUCAAGAUGAAUUCCUUCAAAAUAAUGCAGGAACCUAUCAAAAUAACAAGGAAAAAUACAAUUUAAUUUUAAUAUUUUCAUCUCAUGACAUUAAUCUUGAAACAGCUCUCUAAAACAUUUUUAAUGGAAACUUUACCUUCUUUUACUUUUUCCUUGUUCUUUUAGCUUCUCAGUCCUACAAAUGUUUCGAAGAGUUGGCAAGUAUUCAAUUAUACUAGCUUGUCUAUUACCCAGGUUCAGAAGAGAUCGACUAGAGAAUACGCUUUUAAUGACUGCUAUCCUCUUCCGCGCAUCACUGUAAAUUAAGAGAAAUCCAAUACUUUAUUUUAAAACGUGAAAUCCUAAAAAACAACCAGUCUCCCUGCCUCUGGUCUAGACUGGACAGCACUUCCAGAUUAAUCUCUUUUAUCAUUUUUAACACAUCACUCACUCUCAUACUAAAAAAUCUUCAAUGACUACCCACUGUCUGCCACAGCAAGUCCAAACCUCCCUCCCUAUCAUUCAAGAGUCUCCAAAAUCUAGCCCACCCUGAUCUCAUUAUUUCUCUUCCCAGCUGCCAGGCUAGUCUCCUUGCUGUCUCACUAGAAGUUACAUUAUUAAUACUAAGGGCUUACCAAGAUCAAUAAAGGCCAGCAUUUCAAAAUUAGUAGAAAUGAAAGAAACUCUAAAUCAUUUCCCUGUUACUAUUUAUUAUUGAAAAAUAAUAAAGAGGAGACUUACUCUAAAUUAGCCACUGAUUGACUAAAGUAUACGUUGUUACGCUGUUGUGAAACAUAAAAAGUAAGGUCUUUAGUUGGAUCUCUUCCAAAUUUCUUGCAAGAAUUUAAAGAGGUUUCCAAUGCUUUCGACAUAGCAGAAGAGCACUUAGUAAAGCUAAGAGCUUCUACAACUGCCUUUAAUUCUCCAGAGCGUUGAGAAGGCCAACCAUCACUACUUUCAAGACUAAACUCAUCACAAAGUCCAUUUUUAACCUUUCCGUUUGUCCAAGUAAAGUCAUUUUUACCAAAUUCCUUUACAUCAGUUAAAAGAGCAUCUAAGAAGGACAUGUUAUCCAUGAACUCAGUGAGGGAAUUUAAACAGUGAGAAACAAGGCCAGAACAUUUUUUUUCAGCUGGUGUUUUAGGAGGAUGAGGAACAGAAUCAAUGUUAGAUUCUAAGCAUUUGUUUGGUUUCUUUGUCUCUGGUAUGCUUUCUUCUUCUCUGGCUUUGCUUUCUUCUGAACUUGAAAAAUAGGCAGAGGAUUGGCUAAUAAAUUCAUGAGAAAAGUCCAAUUCGGUGUCAAAUAAGUCACUAUCAUCUAGUGUGACUAUCUUUUUCUUAUAUUUCUUUCUUUGUGACUUUUUUGAUGGCUGCUCUCCUUCUGAAUGGUUCCUAGCAAGAUAUCUCAUACUUGUCAUUGCUGGACUGGCACCCACAGUUACUGACAAGCCACAGAGAUUUUUUGUUUCUGGAAUGGUAUCAACUGGUAAUGGUAGAAUAAACUCAAGAUUACUAUAUAAAAAAUCCACAUUUCGUGUUUGGAAUUCUGUAAGAAGCUGGAUGAGUUUAUGCCAUUCUUCCUUUGUUGUGAUUUUGUGCUGAAAAA